AUGGAUGCCCAUGAAAGAUCUACUUUUUCUUCCCCUACUACUACUGAGAUUCCUGAAAUUCAGACUAUAAUAGAUAGGGCUGAUCUUUCUGACUUAGGAUUCUCUGGUAAUAAGUUUACUUGGAGUAAUAGGCAGUCUGAAGUUGAUUGUAUCUACGCUAGGUUAGACAUGGCUCUUGGUAAUGGUUACUUGCUCAAUCAAUAUGGUUCUUCAAGAGUUCACCAUAUUGAUACUAUUGGCAGUGACCAUAUACCCAUUAUCUUGGAGACUAAUCCUUUGUCUUAUCAAGGUAGUAAGCCUUAUAAAUAUUUCAAAUGUUGGAGUAGUGAUCCUUCUGUUAGAGAGAUUAUUUCUAAUGCCUACUCUAAGGAAGUCAGGGGAUCUUCCCCAUUUCAACUCACCAACAAACUAAGGUUCAUUAAACAUGACCUUAAACUUUGGAAUAAUCAACAUUUUGGUAAUAUAAAUAAUAAAGUGAAAUAUAUUAACAGUUAUCUCAAUGAUCUUACUAAUCUUCCUCAUUCCCCAGAGAAUGUGGAAUUGAUUAAACAAGUAGAGUUUGACUUAGAUCAUUGGCAAAAAGUUCAAGAAGACUUUUAUGCUCAAAAAUCUAGACAAGAGUACUUCAGAUCCUUUGACAGGAAUACUGGUUAUUAUCAUAAUUAUGCCAACAGAAGAAAACACUUUAACCAUAUAAGUGCUCUUAAGUUGGAUAAUGGGCAGUGGGUUAAUGAGAGAGCUGAUCUUGAAACCCUUUUGAUAAACCACUUCAGUUCAAUAGGAACUACUUCUAAUCCUUAUAGAAAUGUGGAAUUACUUAAUUGCAUUGACCCAUGCAUUUCUGAUAUUGACAAUCUUAACUUGCUUAGACCUGUUACUAAGCAGGAAAUUGUUGAUACUAUAAACCAAAUGACACCCUGGACUGCGCCAGGGCCGGAUGGUUUUCCACCUGGUUUCUAUAAGGAAAAUAUUGAUCUUUUAAUCAAUGAUUUAUGGAAAACUGUCAAUAGUUUCUUUGAAUCUAAACAUUUGUUUAAAGAGAUGAAUCACACUUUUCUAUCUUUAAUUCAAAAAACAGAUAACCCAUCUAGUCCCUCUGAAUUCAGACCUAUUUCUUUAUGUAAUUCUAGUUAUAAAAUUAUUUCUAAGAUUAUUGUAAAUAGAAUGAAACCAUUAUUAAGCAAAAUGAUAAGCCCUUAUCAAGCUGCAUAUGUCCCUACAGGAACAUACAUGAUAAUGUCAUAA